UGCGCUAUUCUCCGCCAGAGCCUCUUCAAACCGACUAAAAUGCUGAACUGCAUCGGACGUCCCACGAAUUCCGUUCAGUUUCCGUUUCUGGUUCUGUUUCCGUAUCGGUUUUGGUUUUGAUCUCCAAUCGCCUUGCUGAUCGAGUGGAUAGUGAAUAGAUCUUCGCUUGCGUGGUGCCAUGAGCCACCAGCAGCAGCAGUUCCAGCACUACCAUCAUCAUCAGCAUCACAUCCACCAGGUGCAAUCAGAAUCGCAGUUGGAGCAACGCAGCUCCGACUUGGAGCCAAAUCGCAGUAGGAAUACGGAUCGCAUCGGUUCCUCCAUGGAUUUUCGAAAUCUAUGCCAACGCAUCGAUGUGGACGGUUUGAAAGCCAAAUUGCCACAACUGAAGUUGCCCAAAUCGCUGCCCAAGUUGCGUGGUCGCAAGAUAUUUCGCAGCUCCAAGAGCGGAUCGAAUGCAGCAGGAGGAACAGCGGGUGGAUCCUCGAAAGAUGGCGCCGGGGCAGCGCAGCAAUCGCACCUCCAGGUGGCAGGCCAAUCGCAGCAGUUCAUCAACAGGACGCCACAGAGGAUCUCCACCAUCAGUUCGCUGAUGUACGAGGGUGAGCAGGAGGAGAUCCGGGCUAAUCUGGGACGAUCACAGCCGGGAACGUACCGAAGUGCUGGUAGUCUGGAUGACGACUACUAUGCGCCUGGCAGCGGCGACAGAGCCUCGCGACCCAUUAGUCCCAUUAAAAUUCCAGUCGUUGGUGCGGAUGACAGCUCGCCCAGUGGGAAUGGGAAUGCACGCACCACGUUGACCCAACGCCUGCAGAGGGGCUACAAGAGCCUCAGCGAACUGAGGAUCAAGCACAUCUUUGCCAAGCAAACGACGGUGCGCAGGGACAACAUCGAGGUGGAUCGCUAUGUGGAGCAGUACGAGCGGGAAUUGAAAUCGGAGAAGCUGGCCAGGGAGCGCAGGGAUCGCGAGAUAGCCGAGAACUAUGACAUCAAGAUCAAAACCUUGGCGGGCACACGACAAAACACCUUCGAUGACGACGACGUGGAGCACGAGCAGUUCGAGAGGGGCAAGAUGAGCCACGAAACGGAUGAGAGCGGCAUGGAGGCCACGCCACCAUUGCCAAGUCGCCGUAAGCCCGGCAUAGCUGCCACCAGAUUCGCCAAGGUCAGGAAGCCACCACUGGAAAUGGAGGAGCAGCAGCAGGCAACAGGCGAUGGGGCAGCGGCGGAGGAAUCUCCACGAGCUAAUCCACCACCACCACGUCCCAGUAGCUAUAAGCAAUUGCUCAACAAGUUGCCCCAUCUGCCCAGUCUGCCCAAUCUACCCCAGUUUUCCAGGAGCAAGGAGGAGCCCACAAAAACUGGAGAAAAUGCUGACGAAAACAAUGACAGCAGCAAGAUGAGCAUAAGGCAGAAUAUCAAGAGACUCAGAAAGUCCAUCAAACGACCGAGCAAGAUUAAGCCCAAGGCUGCGGCUCCAGCUCCAGAUUCAGACGAAGAGGAUCAGGGGGAUGAGGUAACGCCGGAGGGUCAAAAAACGAAAGAUGCACCCACCAGAAGCUCCACUGCAAAUCUGAGGGCUCGUCUCAGUAGAUUUGCAUCCACGGAGCAACUGCAGCAGCGCUGGCGAAAGAGUUUCAAGGGUGGCAAGGAACCCAAGGAGCUGGAAACCAAAGCGGAAGGUAGUGCUACUGGUGGUGCUGCAGCUGCAGCUGCUGGUGCAUCGGGAGUUCUGGGCGGGCUGCUCGUGGGCAGUCAGCUGGAGAAGACCCUGGCCAAGCUGAACGAGAAGGUGCAUCAGCUCAAGUUUUUUCAGCGUAACGCCAACAACCAAAACGCGACAACGUCCCAGCAACCGAAACCCAAUACAGUGGGUCACGAACCGGUCGAGAUCGAUGAUGAUGAACUGGAGGCCACCUACCAUCGCAGCGAUAGCCUCGAGGAUGAGAACCGGAACGAGAACGAUGACAGCGGCGAGGAUAUAUCCGCUGAGGAGGCAUUUGGCCAGAUCCAGGAGGAGGACGACGAGGAGGAUCACAGCCAGGAUCAGGCGAAGCGGGGCCACUCACCCGUAUCGGGAGUUGCGACCGCCCACGCUGCUCGCCAGAUGGCGAAGCUGGCUGAGAUUCAGGCGGCGUCGAAGAGCGGAGCGGCUGCCUGGAGCAGCGAAUCGCUGGAGGAGAUCGCCGACGAGGACUAUCCCAGAGUGCUCAUCCAUCAGGAGCACUCCGAUGCCUACGAAUCCACGCUGAUCAUAGCGGUGGCGUCGAAGGGAAGCUCGGUGUCUCCGGUCAUCCGAAGUUCCGGACUUAAAAGUUCUCCAGCAGCUGGGCCAAAAACCUCGCCCCAUCCGGAGAUCAGAAUUUCAGCCUCUGGACCACAAAGCAUGUCGUACUCUCCACGCAAUCCCAGUGGUGAGCCUGUGACCAAGAGAUCACCAUCGCCGGAAUUCAAAACCCCAGCUGGGGGCACCAAAAUCCCGCCAUCUGAGGCCAGCGCCUGGUUGCCCAACGAACAGAUCAUCGCCGGCUUCAAGGAGCAGACAUCGUGGCCAGCUCCAGCUCUGUACAAGCCCAAGAGCAUCGAUAUAUUCGAGGCAUCGGCCGGAGGAUCAGCUGCCUUUGCUGAUUUCGAUGAGGCCCUGCGAAAUGCACCCGUUUUGAGGAUCAGUGCUGGGAGUAGCAUUGAUACCAGUGUCGAGGAGGCGGACGACAGUUGUUCCCGGGUCACAAGGAUACGAGUGCAGAGUCCACAGAUCGGGAACAGUAGGGAGAGCCUGAUGGCGCAGGAGGAGGAGGACGAAGAGGCAGAGAGGGAUUCGGAGGAGGAGCAGGCGGAUGAGGAGAGAGAUCCUUCGGAGCGUCCGCCAUCGGAAUCGCCGCCACCGCCGCCACUUCCACAGCGACGUCCGCCUCCGAAACGCCCAGCCACGCCUCCCAUUUACGAUGCAGUGCCUCCGCCGUUGCCCGUCAGCAAACCACCGCCGCCUCCGACGGCCGAAACCAUUCCAUCGGUGGCACCGGUUCCCUCACCGGCUCCCGUCACCCGGGCAAUUCCGCAGAGAAGCGCCUCCAUGUCGAGACCGGCCAAGCCGCUGGUCAAAACCAGUUCCCUGCGCCUCACCUACAACGAACAGGUGCGACCAGGCGAUGUGGGCAAGGUCAAUAAGCUGAUAUCCCGCUUCGAGGGCGGCAGACCACGACUUUGCCCCCGGCGGAUGCACAGCGAGGAGUACGAGCGAAGUGCCCAGGCCGAGGACGAGGAACCGGAGAUGGAGCAAAUCCUGGAGCUGCAGAUAAUCGAAAGACGAGCCGUCGACUCGGUGACACCCACGAAUCGCGCUGUGGUCAUACCCCAAAUAACUGUCAACAAUAACAAUGAGCGGCAAUUGGAGCAAUUGGAUCAAUCUGAUCAUCAGGAGAUUACCGACGCAAGGAAGAAGAAGUCCAUGGAACUGGCCCUGGAUCGACAGAACUCCAAUUGCAGCAGAUCCGAGUACGGUUCGCCACUGUCCUUUCCCAGCAGUCGGCGCAGUUCCACGCCCACCAACCUCAAUGCCAACACGAAUCCCAAUCCGAAUCCCAGUACCAAUCCCAGCCAGAAUCCCUCGCAAAUCCUGCAGCAUCAACGACGUAGCCGACGAUCCAUGACCCGCGAUGAUGACAACUUCUAUAGCUUCGAUAGCGACGAAGAGAACAGCUAUUACUCCAUAAGUCCCUCGGGCAGCAGUCGCUAUGUGGUGGAGAUCUGAGCGAUGAGGAUUAUGUAUAGAGAUUGAGUAUCUGCGAACUCUAUAGUGCUUCUAACACAAACAUAAACCAAAAAAAAAAAACAACGUAUCAGCGUGUAUUAAUUAUUGUAAUGCUUUUUUUUUAGUAUUUUCAAAAUUGUAGUUUCAGUAACCAACUCGCGUUUUUUGAAUGCCCAAAUAUAAAUUUUCGAACACUA